CCAUCUGUUUCGUCUUCACUUGACCAUGUGAUUUCAGUUCUCUGUCUCUCUAAAUCCUGUGACCAAUUUUCCAUUUCUUUCUGUUUCUGUAACAUUAUCUUUUGUUUUCUUGUUUUUUCUUUUUUAAUGGUUUUUGGUUUGGUUGUUUUUGACAUGGACAUAUAGCUCAGAGACAUUGACAGUGAAGCAAAUCUAAGCCCUCUCUUUUAUUUCUCUGUCUUUUACUCUUUUUCAUAUGCAACUGUAAGGUUCAAAAGCCAGACACGACACAACCCAGGUCAGAUUGAAGCAUUGGGAAGCUGAUCUUGAAGCACUUGGGUGAUGGGUUCUUAAUUUCAUCUUCAAUUGACUGAGGUAGAAGAGUGUUUAUUGUUACUAUUGUUCUCUGUAUAUCAAGUUUGUGGCUUUGUUCAUUCUUUUGAUCUGGUGAAGAAACGGUAUCUUACCGGUCAGUAAAAAGGAAAAAAAUUAUACUUUUUGGUGUAUCAUGAGGGACUUUCCUUCUUGUUUUGGUGAAAAUGGAGUUCAAGUUGCUGAUUCAUCAUCAUCAAGUGCAACAAAAGCUUCUCAAAAUUUGGUUACUUGUGUUUAUCAGUGUAAAUUCCAUGGUCGUUGUUUCUUGGUUACUGUAACAUGGACGAAGAAUCUCAUGGGUCAAGGCCUUAGCGUUUCAAUUGAUGAUUCAACCAAUCAAUGCCUCUGUAAAGUUGAGAUAAAACCAUGGUUGUUCUCCAAGAGAAAAGGGUCUAAAAAUUUAGAGGUAGAUUCUAAUAAAAUUGAUAUAUAUUGGGACUUGUCUAGUGCUAGAUUUGGUCCUGGGCCUGAGCCUGUAGAGGGAUAUUAUUUAGCUGUUGCAUAUAACCAAGAAAUGGUGUUACUUCUUGGAGAUUUGAAAAAGGAAGCAUACAGGAAGGUUGAUACUGCCCCUGUUAAUUUAAAUUCCAUUUUUAUUGCCAAGAGAGAGCACAUUUUUGGCAAGAAGUUUUAUGGUGCCAAAGCUCAGUUUUGUGAUAAGGGGCAGAUGCAUGAUGUCACAAUUGAGUGUGAUACUAUUGAUGUUCAGGAUCCUUGCCUUGUGAUUCGCAUUGAUAGUAAGACGGUGAUGCAAGUCAAGAGGCUGAAGUGGAAGUUCCGUGGUAAUUACACUAUUCUGGUUGAUGGGCUCCCGGUUGAAGUAUUUUGGGAUGUCCACAAUUGGCUAUUUGGUAAUGCCAUGGGCAAUGCAGUUUUCAUGUUCCAAACUUGUCUUUCUGCUGAGAAGUAUUGGGCAAGCCAAUCUAUUUUUGAUCCUUCUUUAUUGACCUGGUCUUAUUCUCAGCGACUUAGAGAUAACCAAUUACAAGGUCUUGGUUUUUCAUUGUUGUUGUAUGCUUGGAAGAAUGAAUAGAAAUGUAAUUUUCAUUAUUGAUUGUCAACAAAUACUUCCGGUGAUUAUUUUUAUAAACAAUGUGAUUGAGUUAUAGUACAUGCAACUAUAAGUUUACCAAUUUGUUUUGCCUUAUAUCUUUUCUUAGUACUUUUGAUGAUGUAACGGAUAACGCUUUUUCAAUUUUCUAUUGGAAACUGUUCAUGGAGAAUGUUUUGUAGCUGGGUUUGGAAAAAUCUGCUUGCAUUGGGAUCCAACUAAUUUGUAUUAUUGCAAGGCAUUACAGCAUUUGAAAUUUUUUGACGAGGGGCGUAUGCCACAGUUGUGACUGAUUCAGGCAUUUAUACGUGAGCAAUUGAUCAGGUGUAGUAAAUAUGUCCCUUUAGUGUAAUGAAUUUGUCUUUGCAUCUGUGUACACUGAUUCAUUGU